UGAGCCAAGCCGACUAGAUCAGGUCAGGCUAACAGAGGUGGACUUGUGCAGUAAGAUCAACUCUUCAGGCCAAAAUUCUUUGUUGUCAAUUAAAUGUUCAUCGGUCGCUAAAAUGCACAACGGAAAGGAAAAACCCGCAGAGGAGGUGGAAAUUGUUCAAAAAUGCAUUGGAGUGCUGGGCAAAUGGCACAUCUGGAUUUGUCUGGGCAUAUUCCUUGUUAAAUUUCCAGUGGCUUGGCACCAGUUGAGCAUAGUCUUUGUAGCGCCUCCUGUAAAUUUCACUUGCAUCGAUUCAGAAAUAGACAGAUGUUCGAAAAAUUGUUCCGGGCAUACGUUUGACAGAAAAAUAUUUACAGAAACUAUAAGUACUCAAUGGGAUUUGGUAUGUCAAAAAGAAAAUUUGGCCAGUUUUGCCCAAACUAUUACCAUGCUUGGUAUUUUAUUUGGAAAUAUGAUAUUUGGAUAUCUAUCUGACAGAUUUGGAAGGAAAGAUCCGUUAUUAUGGGCAGUAAUAAUACAAGCAAUAACAGGGUUGGGUGCAGCAUUUUCACCCUGGUUAAUACUUUUUUUAAUUAUGAGAUUUUUUGCUGCUCUAGCAACAGGUGGAACCAUGGUUACAAGUUUUGUUCUUGUUAUGGAACUAAUAGGUACUGAAUGGAGAACCGUGCUGGGCAUCCUCUACCAAAUACCAUUUAAUUUAGGUCACCUUACCUUACCGCUAUUUAGUUAUUUCCUAAGAGACUGGAGAUAUUUUCAGGCUGCUAUUUCCGCGCCUUCAAUAUUUCUUAUUGUUUAUUAUUGGAUACUACCUGAGUCACCCAGAUGGCUUCUUUCGGUUGGUAAAACUGACGACGCCAUCAAAACUUUGGAGGCCGCUGCAAAAGGCAAUAAUUUGCCAACAAAUAACAUUCGAAAAGAUGUUGAGUUUUAUAUGGCAAAAAAAGAAGUUAAUUCCGAAAAUACUAAACAGGGUGGAAAUAUUGUUGAUUUAGUUAGAACUAAAAUAAUGAGGAUUUAUACAAUAGCUAUCUGUUUUAACUGGUUAGUUUGCGGUUUGUGUUUCUUUGGAGUUUCGCAGUUUAUAGGGCAGCUAGGUGGAAAUAUUUUUUUGAAUGUUGCCUUAUCAGCCAUUAUUCAGAUACCUAGCACUUUAUUUUCUAUAUACGCCACCAAACACUGGGGAAGAAAGUACACUUUGAUUUUUGGAAACCUUUUAGCGGGGAUAUUUGUUUUCCUAAUAGGUUUUGUUCCCUCUGAGCCUUCGUGGAUAAAAACAAUACUUAGCAGUGUUGGUAUGUUUGGACUUGCCGUUUCCUUCCCAACUGUCUACAUUUAUUCCGGCGAACUGUUUCCUACUUUGGUACGCAACAUAGGUGUCGGCACUUCUUCCAUGUGUGCCAGGAUUGGGUCGAUGGUGGCGCCCUUUGUUGCGGGGCUUGUUAAAGUACAACCAUGGCUACCGCCGGUUAUAUUCGGUGUUGUUUGCCUCAUUGGCGCUAUUUUAUGUUUGUUGCUUCCAGAAACACUGGAUUGUAAACUUCCUGACACCGUGGAAGAGGCAGAAGAAUUCCACAAAAAGAAAUAUGCUACUAAGGCUAUUGAAAUCGAAAUGAAAUAAACUCGCUUGCGAAAAUACCACCCUGAUAUUUAACAUUCUUUUACAGGGUAUCUCUGAAAGGUUUAGUGAUUUAGUGACUCCUGACGCGAAAAUAUGUCGAUUUAAGCCAAGUUAGUUUAUCCAAAAUAAAUAAUAUUUUGGCGUACAAACCUUUUAAAGAAUAUCCAUACUGAUAUUAAAUUUGUUUUUUUAUUAGCCAUUUAAUAAUAGUUUUUUAACUAAAAUUUUAAUUAAGAAAAUAAGAAAUAAACAAUUAGGUAACAAAAAAGAAACUAAUUUAUUAAAUGAUUUUUUUAAAGUUAUGUAAAACGGAUUCAAUAAAAAAACAAGUUAAUGAAAUACUGACAAAAGGAUAAAAAAAUCUCGUGCACUUUUCGUACAUGUAUUAUAAAAUAUUAACACUAGAAUUCUGGUGUAAACGCCCAUUUUGAAUUUGAUUGAGGAACGCAGGUUUAUGCUGACAACACAGCAAACGGAAAAAUAUAGAAGUGUAUUGGAUGACGACACGUUUGAAUACAGUUUUC